AUGACGAGGAGUUUGAAAAGGCAACAAGAAACUAACGUCUGUUACAAUCGUCGUUUGCAAUCGCUUCCGCCGCAGCAGACGGUGGUUCAUACUCCGAAAUCGAUGAUGCAUACACCGCAGCAGCAACGAAAACAGUCAUCAACUUCUCAUUUCCAUCUCUACCCUUUGGUGGAGAAAUUUACAGAUGCAAUUGAAACUGGAACACGAGAUCAGAACUCUGAUGCUCUGGUGACUGAAUUGAACAUCCUUUUUGACAACUCUCAGCAGCUGUUGAAUUCUAUUUCAGAAUCUAAAACCAUGACUGUUGAUGGAGAAAAGAGGAAUCUGGAGGAAAGUGAACAACUGCUUCAACAAAGAAGAGACUUGAUGGUGGAAUUUAGGAAAUUUGUUGAAGACCUUGUCAAGAUCGAGUCUUAUUAGUUCCAUAUUUCUCCCAAUACCCAAGAAUUGUUACUGUGUUUCUUAACAUCAACACCAUCUUCAUUAUUUACUCUUACCAUAAAUUUGGAGUGAUCAUGUCAGUUUCUUAACAUCAACACCAUCUUUUUUUCUUUUUUUUU